UAGUGUUGUCUAGUGCGGUCUACGUUGUCGACGUGUGUUAGGUUUAUCGUACCGUUUUAUCGUGUGCGCAUUUUUUAUAUAAAAAAAAAAUUGUUUUUAUAAAAGGAAUAAUGAAAUUUAAAAGGUGAAGAGUGUAGUGCAGAUUAUUAGAGCUCGUCAUCAUUAGUUCACUUUUCCGAAACGGUUUGUGCAAAAUCAUUUCGACUACGAGCUCAGCUUGUUUUCAUCUGUCACUUACAUAUUCGAAUUUGUACAUUUUCGACAUAUUUAGAUAAAAUUACUGUUUUAAACGUGUUAACGUUUUCGAUUAUCAAUAACAGAAUAAAUUGCUUAAAUGUUGUGCACUGUGCACUUCUAUCCUGUUUUAAAACGUAGCGUAACAUAUGACAGUAAUUAUCUGUCUACUGUCGCUGGGUUGGGCUCUUUGAGUACAACGUUAAGCCUCUAAAAAAAUGUCAAUACCCUCUAGUCAUGUUGGAAAGCUGCAGCUCUUCGUCUCACAAUAGCUGCAAUUGUGGUAAGCGGGGUGCGACGGUCAUCGGUAAAAUUGCACAAGUAUUUGGCCGCAAGAAAACAUAUGAAGUCCAGAGGAUACAACAACUCAAUAAUCUAUCUCCAACCAGUAAGAGCUCAAAUUCAUGGGUGACUGUGCACAGCUUACAAUCACAGAGUGAUGGAGGUAUUUUGGACCCCGAUGAUCGUCUGCAAGACGUAGCUGACGAUAGAGAACAAAUCAUUGCUCUCUACGAUGACGGCGAUAAUCAUAGUCCACAUCAUCAUGGCGGCGGAGACGGUGCCAGUGCUACUUCCAGUCCGGAUAUGUUCCAUAGUCGAGAUGGACCACAAACUGAUAUUGAAGUUACUACUGAGCAAAUUGCUUCUGGAUUUCCAGCCCUUCAUGUAAGACGUGGUAGUGAACCAGCUCUUAAUCAGUUACCACUCGAGUCUGCUAAUAAUUUGGGUAAAAGAACUAGUAAUACGAGGCCAGCAGUAUCAGGACAAUCUAAACGAUGGUCAGCAGCCCCAAUGAUUCAUGAUCCUAAAGAUAAACUUCUGAAGGAUGAGUAUUUUAAACAAAAUGGUUUUGGGGGAAAUGAUAAUUGGCGGUGUUCUGAAGAAGAAGAAGAAAGCGAGUUAGAAAUAGAAAAUGAAGAUAAACCUUCUGUUACUAAUCAUUUUCAAGUUCCUUCAUUUCAUCGUGAUUCAACUAAUAGACUGUCCAUGCAAUUUUUAGGGGAUUCACCUGGAGGAUUUCGUUGGGCUGAUGCUGCUGAUUUAGCAAAUAAUAAAGUUUUAUCAUUAUCACUACCUAGAGAUCAUCGCAGGAAAGAACCACUUGGUCAAGCAACUACUAAUCCUCCUACCCGAUCAUCGGACUUACAAACUGAAUAUAUAGUACUUAGUACUAAUGGUGGCUCAUUAGGAAUUCAUGUAGUUCCGGAUUACAAUUCCCUUGGUAAAGAGCGUGGACUUUUAGUUCAAGGCAUUGAACCUGGUGGUCGAGUUCAUUGUGAUGGUCGUUUAAAAAUUUAUGAUCGAAUUGUUGAAAUAAAUGGCCGCUCAUUACUAGAUCAACCAUUUAAUGCAAUUCAAGAAAUAUUCCGAGACUCGUUACAUUCUUCAGAACUUAGAUUAAGAGUGGUGAAACACAAAAACAAUCAAGAUAAUCAAACUAGUCAAGUCACUGUUACUGGUAAUAAAAAACAGCCACCUCCACCUAUAUUUCCAAAACCAUCUACAAAUAAUAUUGGAGCUUUGAACAACAACAAAGAAAAUUUCACAAUUGGAUUAUCUAAUAAAGAUAAUAAAAUAAUAAAUGUAAAUACAAAAGUUGCUACAAUUUCACCGACUAAAAAAACAAUUGGUGUGACUCCUAUAGCAUCCAAUAUUUUAAUGGUUGCUAAUACUAGAAAAAUUGGUAAAAAAAUGGAGUUGGAACUUACUAAAGGAUCUCAUGGGCUUGGUUUUAGUAUUACAACAAGAGAUAAUCCAGCUGGUGGUAAUUGCCCUAUUUACAUAAAAAAUGUUUUACCUAAAGGAGCUGCUGUUGAAGAUGGUAGAUUAAGGCCUGGAGACCGUCUUUUAGCUGUAAAUGGUACAGAAUUAACUGGAAAAACACAAGGUGAAGCAGUUGCCAUAUUACGAAAAGUUCCAUCGGGUGCAAAAGUAAAAAUAAUUGUGUCUAGACAAGAAGAUGUUACCAAUUAUACUGGAGUAAAAGAUAGUGAAGAAAGUUUUGAAAGGGAAGUGAGUGGCAACACUUUAGGAACUAAUAUACUUAACAACAGUACUGUUCAGGAAUAUGUUAAGAGUUUAGAAGAAAAUCAAACAUUUCCUUGGAGGAAUAAAGAAAUUCUUACAUUUGACAUUCCUGUUCAUGAUUCAGAAAAGGCUGGGUUAGGUAUUAGUGUGAAAGGAAAAACUUCAUCACAUAAUAAUUCCAAUGAAAAAAGUACUCCACAAGAUUUAGGAAUUUUUAUAAAAAAUGUUUUACAUGGUGGAGCUGCAUCAAGGGAUGGAAGAUUACGCACCAAUGAUCAGCUUUUGUAUAUCAAUGGUAUUUCAUUGAUUGGUCAAACAAACGCUGCUGCUAUGGAAACAUUAAGAAGAACUAUGAUAAUUGUAGACCCAGGUCCUGUGCCUGGGGCAAUAUCAUUGACAGUUGCUCGCCGAAAAAAUAGUUCUCCAAUAUUACACAGAAGACGUAGCCGUGAUUCAUCUUCAAGUCUACUUACUGAUUCUUCUACUAAUACAGAAACAUUUGGAAGGCCUGAUAGCAGCGAUAGUACUCAAAAUAUGACAGAUAACUCUGGUACUAGUGAUAAUUCUGACAACACUGUAAUAUUUAUGCACCAAAAACAAGGUUCUGAAAGCUCUACAAGAAAAUCAAUUCCAACUAAUUCUCCGGAUGGUAUUGCUAUUCGUAAUCCUGUGUUGGAGAGGUUAACUGGUCAAACCAAUCGUUUUAAUGGCUUACGUAAUGAAAGUUAUUAUAAGGCAACCCAUCAAACCACCAUAAUGAUAAAAGAAGAAGAGAAACUGAAGAGUCCUACAGUUAACCAAAUAUCUGGAGAGAUGUUAAUUAUUGAGGAAGACCCACCUAUAUAUAACACUAUUAACAGGAAAAAAAUAGAAGAAGAAAAGCCAAAUAUAAUUGCUUCUCCUCCACAAGCUAGAACAGGAUCAACAAGUACAGAUGUCACUUAUGCAAGCCAAUUAUCAUUAGACAAUACCAAUUCUGGAUUUUCAAGAGAUGCAUUUGGACGACAAAGUAUGUCAGAAAAACGUCAUGCAACAUUGGAUGCUAAAAAUACAGAUACAUAUCAGAGAAAUAAAAAACUGCGUGAAGAACGAGGUGGAGAUGAAAGUAGCAAUCGUAAAAGUUCCUCACCAAAACAGCAAUUAGGUCCAUCAUUAGGAUUGAAAAAAUCAUCAAGUUUGGAAUCCCUUCAGACUAUGGUUCAAGAAGUACAAAUGUCAGAAGAGGGUAAAAAAGUUAAUGCUCGAGUAGUUCGAGGAAGAGGUUGCGAUGAGAGUUUUAGGGCUGCUGUUGACAAAGAUGGACCACUGUCAUUACGUGAGCUUCGCCUUGAUACAUAUGGUGAAGAAGGAAUUUAUCCUCAAAUUGGUCGGAGGCAAUCUUCACUACAUUCACAAAAUAAUUAUAAAUUACCUAAAGGGCCAACACUUGCUUCUAAUAAAAAGAAACAAGGAUUACUCAAAGGAAUUGGUUCAAUGUUUAAGUUUGGUAAAAAUAGGAGAACAACUGAUCUAAAUGGUACAUUAAGUUCUGAGGAUGAUAACACAAUAGAUCGUGAACGUGAAGUCGCUCGUCAAAAUGCUCGUGAUGAACAAUUAAGAAUUCAAGAACAAUAUCAAAGACUAAUGCAGCGUCAAGCUGAACUGGAACAACAGAAUCGUUGUGAAGUUGCUAUUGAUGAUGUUUCAAAUAACUUUACUGCUGUUUCUGCCAAACCUAAUAAUCCUGAACAGUCACGUAUUGAUCGAAUUCAACAGCUCAGAGCUGAACAUCAAAGAAGGCAUUUGGAACGUGCUGGACAAUAUAAGCCUGAUGAAAGAGAAAAAAAUCAUUAUGAAUCUGAUUUCCAUAAGUCUUCAACUAAUAGUCAAAACUCUAUCAACCGACCUGGUAGUCGUGUUGGUAUAACAGAUCCACGAUUUAAUCAUUAUGUUAAUUUCCAAGAAAUACAACAAAAUUUGAGCGCAAUGCAUGAAACACAUGGCGUUAAGCUUCGACACAAUGGAAAAAAAAAUAAAUCUGUGUCAUGCUAUUAUGACACAGAUGAUGAAAGCCGACGACAGCUUCAUUAUCAUUCACAACGGCGUGAUCCUAAAGAGUCAGUUGUGCGUCCAAGUUCUAACUAUUUUGAGUAUGAAAGUGUUAUGCGAUCAUUACCAUACUCUGGUGGUUCAUCAAGACUUGUAGAUAACAAUUCAAAUUCUCUAGUUAGACAAGGCUCGACCCAAAUGAAUGGUGGCCUACCCCAAGGUUCCCGGCAGUCACCACGGUAUUAUCCAGUAGCCAAAUCCAACUACCCGCUGUACAAUUAUAAUUCAGAUGUUCAGAGCAGCCAAUCAGUCAGUGGUGCAUUAUCACACCAGAGAUCCACUAUCAACAAUAAUUAUGUGGGUAACAAUAAUAUUUAUCAGAGAUCAUCACCUCAUGGUUCUGGUCCUUAUAUAACCCAAGUUCAUAUUAGAGAUAACAAUCAUCACAUUAUUCAAAGUCCAAAUAUUUAAGUAAAAUUAGAAUUUUUUGCAAUUAAAUAGUUCCCCUAAUCGUUGAUUUUAUCUUUAAAUAUUUGACAGUAUUAAUUAACACAUAUUUUUUUGCUUUUAAUUAGUAUAUUUCAUUAUACUUUCCUUUUGAUACUCAAAGUAUAUUAGUUCAUUAACAAUUAACAAUAUAAUAUUUUAGCUGUUCUUAAUAUUGGUAGUAUUCAAUGUAUCAAUUGUUAACCAUAAUACAAUUUGUAUUUAUUUGAUAACUCCUCUAUUUAACUAUAAAUAAUCAAUUUUGACUAAAAUAACUUAUCCGUCCUUUGCUUGUUUAAUCACUACUUAUUUAUGGUAGACAUACACAAACAUUAUGGAGAGAUAUUUUAAAGCACUUUUUAUUUUAAUAAAAUGAUUACCUAAUUAAAUUUUGAAAAUUAAUUUUCUCAACUAUUUAUUGUAACUAUAAUUGACUAUUAAAAUUGUAUUCAUUUACACAUUCUGUGAUAUAAAAAGUACUUACAUCUAUGUAUGUACAUAAUAAUGUUAAAAAAUGUAUUUAUUAUAAUUAAGAUUUUGUAGAAAGUGCCUUAAAUAUACAAAUGACCUAUG